ACAUGUCUAUACCUGUGGAAGACAUAUCACGUAGCAGCAUUCAAAGUGAGAGUCCGCCGCCUUUGUCCUCCACCCACCUAAGACAGCUAGAAAUGCAUACACGUGUGUUUUGGACCACUAUGGCUUGACGGGUCACCAUGAAAACGACACGGCAACGCCCAGUAAAGCGGAGGCGUACAGGAAUUGUUGAGUUUGAAGAAGCGGAAGAAGCUUAUCCACCCCAUGAGCACUGCUGUACCGAGGCCAAACUAGAGUUUAUAUUCACGUGGCUUAAAGGGAUUCCCCUCAGUCGUCACAUCACUAAGCAAUUCCGCGAGGGGAAAAUGCCGUGCGACAAAGAUCAGGUUCCCCAUGCUGGUAUGCCAGAGCUACAUAAUUCAGUAAAACGUACAUUCGAUGAUGUUGAUGUUACUGAGCCCAGCUCCGUCAUAGACUCAGGGGCGGGAAAGUCGAGGCCAGCGACAUCCAUAUUCGAGUUUUAUGCCCUUAUGUCUGGAGCAACUGAUUCCACCAAGAGUUCUGCACGUAGCCCAGACUACUCUGAACUUGUUCUUUUCCGCAACAAUAUUUGUUAUGCACCGUCCGAUCAGAAGCUACCCCCAGCAGUCCAGGAGACAUGGGAUCUCAUUGAAAGGAAAUUGGGGACCGAAGUAGAAACGAUGGACGCUGAUGACUGGCGGUAUGUCCGAAAACUGCAACGGUGCGGUCCCGAGGUAUCAAACGCCAUGGCGCUGCUCAUCGAAACCGUGUUCCCGAAACGACCGAGAGAGGGAGCGCUUAUGAGGUGGGAAGCCGCGCCGUUCCGCGCCGACUUGGUCCCCACGAAAGACGGCAUCCGCAGAGUAUCGAUUCCACAACCGGAUAUGACCUAUGGAUAUGCCGACCUGUACGCCUUUUCCGAGCCUCAGAGAACCACGCACGAGCAGGUGGGCCCCAUCGACACCAGCGGGAACGUAUCGUACCCCUUCUUCAUUGCCGAGUUCAAAGUCAACGGGCCCUUGUGGCAAGCAUCCAACCAGUGUCUGGGGGCCGCGGCAACCACGAUCGCAUAUACCGAGCAGCUAAAUGUGCUGCUUGAAGAAAACGGCAAGGCGAAAGUUCAGACAACUGUACUUACUAUGGCGGCAAACAUCUACGAGGCGGUUUUGUACGUCAGCUGGAAAGAGGGUGACCAGUACUUGACGAAAAAGGCUAAGAACUUUUGCCUGCGACGUGAGAGUGAGGUUAUGCUGCUGAAGAAGUAUGCGAGUAGCAUUGUAGGCUGGGGGGAGAACGAGAGGUUGGAGGAGAUUAGAGGUGGUUUGGAUGCUUUAGCUAAGUUAUAAUACCACCAUCCCAAUCAAAAUUAUUCUGGUGUAUCGUCUAUACUGCUGUACUUGCAUCUACGGAGCUAUUGGCAUUCUUCGCCCGUCUUACUAGGAAUAGGGGGGAGCGUUAGUCAAGAUAAG